ACAGGACACCACAUCGUGAAGAUAGUGAAUGGUGUAUAGGUGUGUGUGUAUGUGCUAUGUACUUCACUAAGGUCUCCACAAAGACCACAUGAAAUCGGUACUCACAUGUUGAGAAAAGGAAGUCUUGAUUAAUGUAAUUGUAAUGGAAUAUAAUGGAAAAUGGAUGAAAUGGAGAAAUACCUGGAACAGUGGGCGUUGCCCGAGUUAAUAGACACAUUUAGAGAAAACUGUAUAGAUUAUGAGGCUUUCAAAAUUCUGAAAGAAGACGAUUUAAAUCAACUUGUACCAAAAUUAGGACUACGAAGAAAAGUAAUCCAGCGUUGGCAGGAAUGCAUAAUAAAUAAAUGGCACCAGCUUAUAAACUUACAUAUUUUGAUAUGACCGCUCUUGGAGAACCCAUCAGGUUCCUUCUGAGUUAUGGAGGGAUUGAAUUUGAAGACAAUCGUAUUCAAAGAGCAAAUUGGAGCGCCUUUAAACCGAGUACCCCAUUCGGACAAUUGCCUUUUUUGGAACAUAAUGGAAAAAUAGCCUGUCAAAGUAUGGCCAUUUGUAGAUAUUUGGCAAAACAAGUAAAACUGGUUGGUAAAGAUGAUUGGGAAGAUUUGGAAAUCGAUGCAACAGUUGAUACCAUUACUGAUUUACGUUUAAAACACGCUCAGUACGCUUUUGAAAGAGAUGAAGAAGCUAAAAAAGAGAAAGAAAAAUCUUUAUUCAAUGAAACUUUUCCCUUUUACUUAGGAAAACUAGAUGCUCAAGCUAAGAAAAAUAAUGGUUACCUUGUUGGUGGUCGUUUGACUUGGGUUGAUCUGGUCUUUACAGCUAUAUUGGAUUUUUUAAAUUUUAUGGUAAAGAAAGACAUAAUAUCGAGUUUCCCGAAUUUACAGAAAGUUAAAGAAAAUGUGGAGACAAUACCCAACAUCAAGGCUUGGUUGGGAAAAAGACCAAAAGAUGCCCUAUAAUAAUUUUUCUCUUUCUUGUAUUUUCAAAGCUACGCAUUAAAUUUUGACUUGAAAUGACCAUA